ACGAAUAUACCUCUAUUUGGCGAUUAUAGGUUUGACGCUAGUAAUGAGUGCAAUUAGGGCAUUGUCUUUAGCGGGAAGCGUACUUACUUGACACUUGACAGAUCAACUAAUAGUCUUUGAUAGCCUUAAUGUAUUAUCUCUGUUUUGCUGCCAAAGUUUGCUAGAGGAAGUGUUAUGUGUGUCGUAAUGUAAGAAUUUUAUUGUUGAAACACAGUAGGACGAACAGAAUGGCGAGUUCAUCUAGAUUCGACACAAACAAGAUUUGUUGCUACGCACAUCCAGAUGCUCCACUUAUAGAGGAUUACAGAGCUGGAGAUCAGAUUUGUUCGGAGUGUGGAUUAGUGGUUGGAGACAGGGUGAUUGAUGUUGGGUCUGAAUGGCGGACAUUCAGCAAUGAAAAAGCUGGUGCUGACCCAUCUCGAGUUGGUGGGCCAGAAAAUCCACUACUUAAUGGCUCAGAUCUAUCAACAAUGAUUGGUCCAGGUCGUGGUGAUGCUUCAUUUGAUGGUUUUGGAGUUUCAAAGUAUCAGAACCGCCGAACGGUUAGCAGUUCAGAUAGAGCACUAUUAAAUGCAUUCCGUGAAAUAGCUACUAUGGCUGAUCGUAUAAAUCUCCCAAGGACAAUUGUGGAUCGUGCAAACAAUUUGUUCAAACAAGUACAUGAUGGCAAAAAUCUGAAAGGGCGGGCCAAUGAUGCUAUUGCAUCUGCUUGCUUGUAUAUAGCUUGCAGACAGGAAGGUGUACCACGUACCUUUAAGGAGAUUUGUGCUGUUAGCAAGAUAAGUAAAAAGGAGAUUGGUCGCUGUUUCAAAUUGAUUUUGAAAGCUUUGGAAACUAAUGUGGAAAUUAUCACCACUAGUGACUUCAUGUUACGUUUCUGCUCCAACCUUGGGUUGCCCAAUAUGGUACAACGUGCAGCGACACACAUUGCAAGAAAAGCAGUUGAGUUGGACAUUGCACCAGGUCGGUCACCAAUUUCUGUGGCUGCGGCAGCCAUUUACAUGGCAUCACAGGCUUCAGAGGCUAAACGCAGUCAGAAAGAAAUUGGUGACAUUGCUGGUGUGGCAGAUGUGACUAUUCGGCAGUCGUAUAAACUGAUGUAUCCACAUGCUGCUAAGCUCUUCCCAGAAGAUUUUAAGUUUGCUACAUCUAUUGACCAGUUGCCACAAAUGUGAAUUACAUUUUUCCAGUCCACAGUUUUCAUGUGGAUACUGUUCUUGUUUCGAAAGUUUUCACAUAAUAUGGAAGUAACAACCAGUGUAAUAGGAAAUGUGUGUACAUUUUAUGAAAUGAUUUGUAUGUAUGACAGAAUAGAAUGUGCUUCUUUGUUUUGUGUCCAGUAUCAUGCACUCACAAAUAAAAACAAAAUAAUUAUUUAA